AUUAAUAAUAGACAGAAUAUAGUUUAGCGCAAUUGUAAAUUGGUUGUCAAUUAUACCGUUGAAUACAACAUGUGAGAACAUGAGAUCCCGUUGAAUAUGAUAUUUAUUUAUUUAUUUUAAUAUUUAGAUUACUAAAAAUAUGUGUAGGAUUGUCUAAGCCAUGGAAUCCUCCGAAGUUUAAGUGGGGUAUAUUUAGCCGAGCUCCAAUAUGGCGGACAAUGAAGAGGAAAAUGGCAUGAUAACCAUUGCUACAGACCCGCUAAGCUCAGAUUCUGUCAUCGUCACUGGCCCAGAAGACGAUCGGGUUAUUCACGACGAUGAUGCUGAAGAUAUUCUACAACAAGCUAUUCAAGAUGCCCAAGAGUUUGGGGAAGAGGCCGUCACCUUGUCGUACGUUACGGCAGAGGAAGGGGAACACGAUCCAACUAUUGUGGCACAGGAAAUUACAAACAAUGUCAAUGUGAAUGUUGUGUCAGACACUGAUUCUGCCCUGGCCACCACAGUUGUAGGAACUACUGCUGAUAAUGGCAUUGCAUAUGAUAUUUCUUAUGCUGUGGUGUCAGAUAUGGAUCAUCAAACUGAAAAUAUGACGCUCGAAGAAAAUAUUGAAGCUGUUAUGAUGGCACCAGAUUCUCAAAUUGAACAAGUGGCAGUUCAACAAUUGCAGCCAACUGAAAAUAUUAUAACAAUGCAGUCAAGUGAUUUUACAAAUUCAGUUCCUCAAGGGGGCAUAAAUGUGACAUUAGUGCCAUCUAAUCAGAAUAGUGUUGCACCAAUUGGUUCAAGUCAAAACCCAAUACGCAUAGUCCAACAGGGAAACCAAUAUACCCCCGUCCAGCAGUUGACGGCUGAACAAUUACAACAAAUUAUGCAUGUAGUUCAAGAACAGCAACUUGCUAAAUCGGCAGACAGUACUAGUGGGUCUAGCAUAUUAUAUAAUCCUGCAACAAAUACUAGAAUUGUGUACCGUGUUAUAUAUCCCUCCGAAUUACAUAAAACGACUGGCAUAACCACCCCAGAAAAAUCUUCUAGUGCUAAUAGUACAGGGCCGGAGAGUUCCUCAAUUCAGCGAAAAAAUUAUAAGAAACGUACACGGGAAGAUGAAGAAGACAAAGUUGAUGGUCCAGAAAUGUCAAAAGAGGAAAAGGAAGAGCGUAAAAAACAUAGGCCCAGAACGCGUUCGGGCCGUGUUUCUAAACCUCCAAAGCACAUGGUGAAAGACUAUAAACAUAUUCAUGUGUUAGACUGGGAUGAGGAUUAUGAUGAUUCUGAUGGUGGUUAUUCAGAUUUUAAAAUAAGUGAUGAAGAUAAAGAAAAAGCAGAGAACUCUAAUGCAAAUAAUACAAAUAGUAAUAACAGGAAAGAAACUGACAGCAGUCCUGAUUUUAUUGAUGCUUCAUCUGGAUUAGAACGGGUAAAGAAUUAUAAAUGUGAAGGAUGUGAUAAGGCUUAUAUUGGUCACGGUGGAUUAAGAAGACAUUAUCAACUCAACCCAUCUCAUGGAACUAUAACUGAGGAAUCUGAUAUUGAUAAAGUAUCAGUACCUGUACCGUUACCUGUAGUUGCAACUCCUGAAACAGCAGAAACUCAAAGUACAGUGUCAUCAAAUAAUUUACCUACAAAUGGUAGUAUAGGCAGCAUUUCUGAGGACAGUAAUACUCAAGACUCAAUACCCAGUCAGGUAACCCCAACGUCCAUCCCUUCCACAACCUCUUAUUAUAAACCAAGGGGUAGAGGUAGGGGCAGACCAGCACAAUCACUUGAUAUUCCGAGUAAAAGAAGAGCUAAACUUCAAGAUCUGGUCCGUCUCUGUACAGAUGAUGAAUUAAUGGAGAUAGUGUUACCUCGAUUAGCUAAUGUUAUAACAUUAUGGGAAUUUCUCAUGAUGAAAGUAGAAAAAGGAGGGAAAGCCUUACCGAAGGUUGACGAUAUUGUUCAUGAAUUUGAAACAUUGCAAAAACAGGUGGCAAAAACUUGUCAAGAGUGUCUAAUGCCAUUAAACGAAUCAAAAGAUGUGACAGAGUCACAAGCUCAUAAUAUUCAGGUUGUUGAUGAGGUAAUGGCUGCUUGUCUUGGUUUAAAAGUAGGAAAAUAUCAAGCAAAAUCCUUGCCUAAAGAAGAAAAAUCAUUCCAUUACAAAUAUCUCACAACAGAAAGACUAGGUAUACCAGCAAAGCGUCAGGGCAACCGUCGAACCAUAGAAAUAGUUACCCCAGAUGAACUAAUUCAGUCAAAUAAUAAAAAGCCUCGUAUGACAACAUUACUCAAUAACACUAUAGUUUCUAUGACCAAUAAAAGAUCUUUAUCAUCCCCAGUGACUACUUCAACCCCUCCUUCUUCGUCCACACCCAUUUCUAUAUUAACCACACCCAUAUCAUCAAGCCGAUCAGCAACACCCAUGCAAAUAGUUGUCAACAAUCACAAUAAUCUGUUAUCCGAGUCAGCACAAAUGCCAAUUACAACACAAACAAUCAGCACAGCCAUUUCUAACAACGGAAUUCUCCAUAGUGAAAACCACCAAACAGUGCUACUAACUAAUAGUGUUCCACUUUCCACUGCUUUUGCAACGUUAAAUGGUGGAAGUGUAUUAAAUAUAAAUGGAAAUAAUUCUGUGUUACAAUCCACGCCAACCAUUACGACAUCAUCAGCAACAAUAAUACCAACGGCAGUGACAAAAAACAACGGAACAGUAGUAAAUGGAAACAAUAUCAACAGUAUCUUAGUCAAUAAUAAUCCAAAUGUGAAAAUAGAAACCUCUCAUAGUGACAUUGUGCAAGAAGUUCCUGUGCCAAAUUUUGUUAAUCCAAUUGAAUCGAACAGUCAGCAAACCUCAGUGAAGUCAGGGUUGAUUAAUAGUAAAAUAGCAGAUGUGAAUGAUGAGGGUCUUGUUACUGUUGAUCAAACAGAAACAAUAGAUUUACAGGUACCACUUAAUGGUAUUCAAGAGGGCACUGCUGAUGUUUUACAAGGGGAGAUAAUAAAUCCGAGUGAAAAUGCAUAUUUUAGUGCUGAACAAAUUGAAGGAGAAAUAAUUUCUCCGGACCAAAUAGUGACACAAGCCUCUAAUAUCUUCCAGACUGAGGAUGGUACAUUAAUUAUUCAAAACCCUGAUGGGACCACAUUUCAACUACAGGGGGCGGAAGGUAUACCAUUAGAAACUGUUCAGGCACUUCUCGCCAUGGAAAGUGAGGGACAUUUUGUAGAACAAGAACAAUUACAAACAGAAAUGCAAUAGCAUUUACCAGAUUAGUGCUUGAUUAUUUGGAAACAUAAGCAAUAUUUACUUUAAUUUAAGUGCUAUUUAAGGUGUCUCGUUUUUUAUUUUUUAUUAUUUUAAUAAAACAUACUUGGUGUUCAUGGUACAUGUAAGAUUAAGAUUUAGGUAAAUAUUUUAUAUAGACUUAUCCAAGUUUAGGAUUAAAUUUCUUUAUCAUUAUCAGUUGUUAAGAUUUCAUAUGGACAUUUUGGCACAUUUUCUGCAGAUUUAAAAGCAAAGUUAAAUAUAUCUUGAAAUGUUUAAAGCUGAUGUAUUAAAUUUAGAAUAGGAUGUUAUUAAAAAAGAUUUGCUUUAACAAUAUUGAACACAGAUAAUAGAAAGUUUUGAAAUAUGAUUUAUAAGCAGAGCCCUUUUAUAUUUAAAUGCAGCAUAGAGGUACAUACAUGUUGUUAAGAUUUGUUUAGUCAGGUAUCUAGUAUUCUUGUACUUGCAUCGUUCAUACUAUUUGCAUCAACAUUGUGUAACAUAAUACUGGUGUGUGAUUAAAGGUGUAAGUCAGACUAUUAGAAUUGGUAUGGCAUGCUGGUGACUGGUGAGAUACCUGAUAAUUUUGCAUAGAAACUUUUGUUAAGCUGAAUAUGCCAGAAUGAAAUAUGUGGAUGUACCUGUAGGUCUGUCAAUGACCAACCAUUGAAAAUAUAAGUGCUAUUAUUAAUUAGAAAUAUUGUUUGAAAUUAUCAAAGAGAAUUUAAAAUCUUUUAUUUUUACUGAACUGAAUACACAUGUAUGUUUAUGUUAAAAUGAAUUUGGUGAAAAAUCAGUUUUAUUAAGUU